UGGCCGUCAACGGUCAGAACUUUGAUCUUCCCCGACUUAUCAGGUCUUACUGACGGGGAGAGACAGCAGGUCAUCGCGGUCAUGCAGCGCGCAAAGGAAUUUGAAGUUCAGGAAGAAAGAACGAUGAGAUGUACCCAAUGUCGCAGGCUUCAGACUGAUGGCAGUCGCUCUAGGGUUAUUCCACAACACUUCAGGAAGCCCCUGGAGGGUCAGCUGUACAAAUACACCAAUGUGAUGAAGGGGUGGCAGUACCGCUGGUUUGUGCUUGAUCCUGAGUCCGGCAUGCUCGAGUACUUUGAGAAAGAAGAACACAAGAAACAAAGAGCAAGAGCUUCAGUGCACCUGGCGGGAGCAGUGAUCUGUCCAUCUGAUGAAGAUUCCCAGACCUUCACAGUGAAUGCUGCAAACAGUGAGAUCUACAGAUUGAGAGCCGUGGAUGCCAAGCAGAGACAACACUGGGUGGAUCGUCUGAGAGCCACAGCUCAGCAUCAUACAGCCACCAUGGCACAGGGUGCUCUACCUGUCAACAGAGAAAACUGGGGUGUGGCCGCACCUGUCACAGGGGACUCCUUAGCCAGGAAGAAGCACACCAGCUCACAGGAUAAUUUACACAUGUCUGGUGCCACACAUGUGCAGAGAUCUCACCACAAACCCCCUGCUGCACAUGUGGGUGUGGUCAGUCCAGAUCUCUUCACAGACUCACGAGAACACAUCCAUGAGGCCGAGGACUAUGCAAGCAGUUUGUCUGAAAAGAUUGAGGAACUGCCAUCAUCCAGCCCUAUUCUGAAUCCACUAGAUAAGGACUUGUUACUAAUGAAGGCCACCUCCGUGGUUACAUUGCAGUGCCUUUCCCAGUGUCUCUCCAUCCUACAGAAGCGGCGGACAGCUUUUGAGUCUGGGGUAAAUCUGACGAACACUCGACCUCAAGGACCUGCUGAAGUUCAUCCAGUGGUAGAGUCUGCUGUGGCUCCAGCAGAAGCAGUUGUCAGUGAUCCAGCCUCACUGGUGCGUAGUCUCAGUUCUGCCAGCUCUAUUACCUACCCAGUGGCAGAUCCAAAUCCUCCCGAGCAACUGAACCAUGAUGAAGAGGUCGAAGACAGUGAGGAGUACAAAGACAGUGACCUGGAGGGAGUAGAAGAACACAAGAGUAUCAUUUUACACCUCUUAUCUCAGCUGAAGCUUGGCAUGGAUUUGACAAAGGUGGUUCUGCCGACGUUUAUUUUGGAGCGCCGGUCGCUGCUAGAGCUGUUUGCUGAUUGCAUGGCUCACCCAGACAUCUUUCUUAGAAUACCAGAUUUACCAAGCGCCGAGAGUCGUAUGCUAGCUGUCCUUCAGUGGUACCUUACAUCUUUCCAUGCUGGCAGACAGGGAUCCGUGGCUAAGAAGCCUUACAACCCAAUCAUUGGGGAAACCUUCCACUGUUCUUGGCGGCUGUCCCCGAAGGAGAUUCAGGACUGUGAGCCCGUGCAGGAAAUUACACAGGCGACCACAGGCAAACCAGAGCCUGUGUCCAAACCUGAUGAUAAGCUGCAUGGGAUGGGGGAUAAGGCGCCCAGCAGGGAGAAAGCUGCAGAUAGGCAUAAGCAGACAGAGACGGAGACAUCUCGGGUGUCAGCCAGCUCCAGCAGUGGGCCUGUACAGCUGACGUACUGUGCGGAGCAAGUCUCCCAUCAUCCACCCAUUUCAGCAUUUUAUUUCGAGUGUCCGGAGAAACAGAUGUGUAUGAAUGCCUCCAUAUACACAAAGUCCAAAUUCAUGGGCAUGUCUAUAGGACUGGUCAUGGUGGGCAAAAUUAGUUUAAGGUUACUUGAGCAUGAUGAGGAGUAUGUGUUUGGACUGCCUAGUGUGUACGCACGUUCCAUUCUCACCGUCCCCUGGGUGGAGCUUGGAGACAAGAUACACAUCAGCUGUCAGAAGACCAACCUUUCUGCUGCUGUCACAUUCCAUACCAAGCCAUUUUAUGGAGGAAAGCUUCACCGAGUGAGUGCAGAGGUGAAGGAUAACCUGUCUGGGACUAUCACCUGCAGGGUUCAGGGAGAGUGGAAUAAGUCGUUUGAGUUCUGCUACACUGAUGAAGAAUCUCAAGUUAUUGAUGUAGUGGAUUUGAAAGUGUACAAAAAGAGAGUACGACCACUGGACAAGCAGGGAGAGUAUGAAUCCCGCCGACUGUGGCAGCAUGUGACCAACGCUUUGGCUGUCGGAGAUGUCAACACUGCAACAGAGCACAAGAAAUUUCUUGAAGCCCGUCAGCGAGAAGGAGAGAGACACAGAAGAGAGACUAACACAGAAUUCCCUACAAAAUUUUUCCAUAAGGAAGGUGAUACCUGGGUGUACAACAACAUGCUAAAGCCAAGACAAACUAAGGGUACAUUAUGACAGUAGCAUGUGAUUUAACCUAGCACCUAACAAAUGUUGAAUGUAGAGCCAAGCAAUAUGUUGCCGUACGUGAUAGCCAUGCAGAAGAAAAACUUGAAACUACACAUGUAUAUUAUCUGUGCAUUAUCUAAUCAACAGAUUUUCAAGGCGCUUGAUCAUGUGUGCUGUAAAAUGUCAGAUGUAUAUAAUCA